UUAUCUUGCAGAAAAUUUUGAUUAGAAAUCUCAGUCAUGCCUGUCGUCGCGAUGCACCCUGUUGAGCCGCCUUCCGUUGAGGGCUCCAAGGCCCCUUACCCAGCCGCUGAGCAGCCGGCCGAGGACUCGCCUCUGUACAAGACAGACGAGUUCCGCAUGUAUUGCUUUAAGGUGCUCCCAUGCAGCAAGCGCUACGUGCACGAUUGGACGGUCUGCCCCUUUGCCCACCCUGGAGAGAAAGCGAAGCGAAGGGACCCUCGUGUGUUCACCUACACGGGCGUCGCCUGCCCCGAUAUGAAGAAGUGCCAAAGGGGUGAUGCCUGUCCUUACGCUCAUAACGUUUUUGAGUACUGGAUGCAUCCAAGCAGGUAUCGCACCCAGCUUUGUAACGAUGGGAUUGGGUGCAAGCGGAAGGUUUGCUUCUUCGCGCAUACUCUGGACGAGCUGCGCGUCUCCAGCGUAAAGCUGCUUCCAUCAGAAAUCGCAGCUGGAGCAGACGCUAGCGCAUUUGACUUGGACCCGUUUCGGGUAUCGAGGUCGGAUUCUGGGCGCAGCUCGUCAAAGUCCGCAAAUUCGUCGUCAUCUUCAGCGUCUGCGGCGGGGAAUGAAGCACUUGUCGACGCGCUUCGUGCUCAGCAGCAACAGCAACAUCAGGCCAAGAAGACAGCCGCCGCUCUGCAGCGCACGGCAUCCCGCGGCCUGGCGGCGGAGCUGCAACAGCUGCAGGCUCUGCAGCAGCUGCAAGCGGUGUUGGCGAACACGCCCGGGAUUGGUGUUGUGCAGCCGCAGAUUCAGCAGCAGGCCCAGGUCGAUACGUUCUUAAGCAACAUGAUGGCACAGAUGCGGCUGGGUGGCGCAGCGGCCCAGCAGCAUGUGGCGAACCAACUUGGGUCGGCAACCCCGGGCCUGCUAGACGUCGUGGUGCAGCAGGCUGUGCAGCAGGUGAUUGCCAACAACGCUGCGCAGCAGGCCGCGGCAGCGCUGCUGCUGCUGCAGCAGCAACAGCAGCAGGCAGCUGCUGCCGUCGUGCAGCAGCAGCAGAACCAGCAGGCGGCCCAGGCUCAGGCGCUGUUCGAGCAUUUGCUGCAGCAGCAACAGCAGCAGCAGCAGCGCCAGGCGCAGGCGGUAAGUGGGGGACCCGGCUGCCAGCCGGAUCAGCAAGUCGUUCAGGCUGCACUGGCGAUCCUCCAGCAACAGCAGGCAGCAGCUCAGCAACAGCAGGUACCGCCUCUUGGUCCCAUGGGUUUCGGAGGCCCAGGCCCAACGGGCCCCAUGGCCAUCCAGAUGGGCUCCGUGGGCGUGGGCAUGGACCCGCUAUGCCCCGCCAGCCAGGGCGUCGCGCCUGCCCUGGGCCCGCACCCCAUGGGUCAUAAGCCGGGGCAGCCCUCUUUGUCGGGUUCGGUACGGUCCUCGACCACCGGCAUGACGCUGAACGGACCGCCUUUGAGCAUUCCCAGUGCGGUGGGUGCCAGCAUCAAGCACAAUGCUGAGAACAUUAUCCCGCAAGGUAUGCCCUCCUCCCCGCGCUCACUGGCCGUUGGAUCGCCAUCUGGGUCGCCGCCUCUUGAGACGCCGCUGUCAUCUACGCUGUCGGGGCAUGCUGCGGCAUCCGCGGCGCUGAGCGCCGCUGCUACAGCCGCUAGCUACUACAGCCAGGAGGCCAGCCGUAGCAGCUUUGAGAGCUACCGCAGUAGCGAGCUGGAGCUUGGACUGCAGAUGGCUUCCUCGGGCCACCAUUCGAGCGGCCCCAGCAGUGGAGGGGUUCAGCGCACGUCCCUCGACCUUCUACACCACGUGUCGCAGCAGCCAGCGAAGUAUCCAACGGCGGACUCGCUCCUGAUGGGGUCCGUGCCUUCGCCCUGCAGCCCGCCGAUAGCCGAUGAUGCCUUGGAGGCUCGCCACCGCCAGUUGCUGAUGGCGGCGGCAGCGCACACCUCUGGAAAUGGUAUGGCGCCCAUGAAUAACGCGCCUGGGCCUGGCGUGCAUGCCGGUCCUGUUGUAUCGGAAUUGUUUGGGGAUAAGGUCGCCAUGGCAGCGUUCACUGCCGGGCAACAAUGCCCCGCGCCAUCGUUUGGCUUGUAAACGGCAGCUUUCCGUACCAGCUGCUAGGUUUAAUGCGAUUCCGUGUCGGCUGCCUGAGCAUUGACGGGCAGCAUGCGUGGUGAUUGCAAAGACCGCUGGUAUGUUUGACGUCUACGCAACCAUCUGCGGUGCUGCAUGUGAUUUGGGUUCGCAAAUUGUAUUGUGGACCACACUUUUGGUUUCAUAAGUUGGCGCACAACCUGUUGGCAGGAAUUUUUGCGACGUCCUGAAUACGAAGAUCUGGAGACACCGCGGACUGUUUUAUAAUUGCCCCCCAUGGUGAGGGCAAUGCAAAUUGGCACACACGUUGACGACACGCGUUGCUCGCGACCGUGGUCGUUUUUUUGCUCAGCACGUUGCAGCUGGCUGAACGUCGAGAUGGGUGGAUGUGAAUUAUAAUCGCCGCUAUGUACGGCUGUUUAUGGGCCGUAGUUAUUAGCGUGCUCGAUUUUGCGCGAUGGUCUCCCGGAGAUACAAGACGAAAACCUUUGGCAAAGCAUUUUUUCUCGUUUGCAAGAUUGCAAGGUGCUCGGGAAUGCAUUGAUUGUGCGGUGGCGGCAGGCCCAGGGGUUGCAUGCAAGUCGCAGCCGCCCAGUUUGUUCCCGCCUGCCAUGUGUAAACCGGUGGGCUCUGUACACAGGACCACUCGCGUCUUAUGUAGCUGUCGAGGCUAGCGCUUGGGAUUUUCCAGUGCACCAAGCGCAGCUGUGGAGCUGUUUCGCUGCAGUUAUGUUCUGUCCCAUCGUGUGCCGUGUGCCACGUCUGUAUCCGAACCCCACGCAUGCCAAUGCCAUGAUCCGUCACCCCUAUGCAUCAUGGGAGGUGGUGCGCUGCCUAGACUCAUCUUGUACUCGGCGCCGGUGAGGCAGAAGAAGUGCACUCCGGCGCCGCGAACAUAAUUUGGAUGAGCAUGGUGUUCAUGGCCGCGGCGGC